AUGGCUGAAGUUGAAGAACUUUUUCGUGAACGUCGAUUACGUGAAGAACAACUUCAAGAAUUGGAACAACGAACAGAGAGAUUAAGGACAGAAAAUAAUGAAAGGAUGAGAGUUCUUGAGAUUGAAGUAAAAGAAGAAUUUGAACAAGUAAAUACAGAGGUAGAAAGUUUACGAAAUGAAAUGGAAAGAAAAAAGGCUGAAUUGGCAGAAUUAACAAAAACUAAAGAGGAAAUGGAUAUGGCAUUGGCUAAUUCGCCUCUUAAACGUCAAACAAUGUUGAUGGAAGAACAAUUACAAGAAAUGAGAGAAAAACGUGCCCAAAUAGUUGCCGAACUUCAAUCAGAACAAACACCAGAAGAACAAAGAGAUAAUUUUAUUCAAAAAAUACAAAAAGAUAAUAAAGAAAUUGGGCAUAUGCAAGAACAAUUACAAGAAAUUAAUGAAAGAAUGGCACAAGCACAAGAAGAACUUCAAGAAUUCCAAAAUGAAUUUGAAUUAUUGGCAGGUGAUAAAAGUGAAAAAUUUAGAGAGUUGAAAACUAGAGGAACACAAAUGGAUAAUUCUUUGGACAAUUUUGACGAAUCUAAGAGACAAAUUGAGGGAAGAAUUUCCGCUCUUUCAAAGCAAAUUGUUCGCCAAUUACAAUUAAUUUCGUUAAAUUGCCGUCAUGGAGAAAUAGUUACGAAUGUUACGGGCUUGGAUGAAUCUUUGUUAGCAUUGGGUAGUUCUGCUGUUAGUGCUAAUGAAUUACAAGAUUUGCAUGUUCGUCUCCAAGAAGAGUUAAUAACUCUUAAACAGAACGAAGCACUUUUAUGUUCAGAAUUAUCCUCUAUGAAGACAAAACAAACAGAAAUUAAUGAAAAUAUUGAUAAAAUGUCUAAUAUUGAAGAAAAGAAAAAAGAAUUUAGAUCAAAAUCGAGAGAACUUCAAGCAAAAAGAGAUUCUUUAAAAGAAGAAUUGAGUCGAUUGGAGGCAGAAAAUGAGAGACUAAAGGCACAAAUUAAAGCAGAAGAGAGUAGAUUUGGGGGUGGAGGAUAUGAAAUGAAUAGAUUGCGCGAAUUAAAAAGUCGUGUGGAUCAAAUAGAAAAGGAAAGGAAGCAGCUUGAUGAAAAAUUGACUGAAUUACGUACUAAGCUAGACUAUGGACCAUCAAAACAACGGGCUUUGGAACUGCGAGCAGAAUAUAACGAAUUAUUAAUUAAUGCCGUGCUUGGCCGUAAAAAUGUUGGUGUUACACGUUAA